AAUACAUUCUGAUUCUUUGAAGGUAUUUAUAGAACUAGCUUAUCAAUGUUUGAACGGAAAUCGUGAAGAACGUCCAUUAAUGACCCAAAUUGUGAGAGUUCUUGAAUAUGUACUUGAGUAUCAAUGCCUAGAGCCACCUAGAGCUGGAAGAAUCAUGAAUGUAAAUAUUCUAAAAGAAAUGGACUUAAAAAGAAGAACAAGAGCUGGAAUACUGAAUGUGAAAGUUUUGCGAGCAAUAGAUAUUAGAAGAAGAAACCCGUUCGCUGCUUGUAAUCCUUACGUGAUACUCAGACUAAGUCAUAGUAAUCUACCACCAACGAACAAAACCACUGUGAAGCACAAGAAGACUUAUCCGGUAUGGAACGAAGAAUUCAGUCUAUACGUCGAAAAUUUUGACAUCCAAACUCUACACUUCUCAGUUAAGAGUGAACAAUCGGUUGAGAAGCAUGAUCAUCUAGGAGUGACUACUCUGAAAUUGAAAGAUCUCAAUCCUGAAUAUCCGAAGACUCAUAAGCUUCUGGUCAUCACGAAAACGAAUGCCUUUCGUGUUUGCCACCUCGAGGUUGAAACAGUGUACAAGCCGUACACAUAUGAUCAAAUAUUGUCUGAUAAUGAAAGCAUAUUAAGUGUAUUGCCAAAGGCUCCCGUUGGGACUCCUGAAGGUGGAGGAAUGCUUGUAGUUAUGAUUCAUGAAGCUAAACAUCUUUAUACUAAUGAUCACUGCAAUCCAUUUGUUACCUUGCUUUUUCGGGGCGAAUUAAAAAAAACACAGACUAUGAAGGGCAAUCGAUAUCCAGAAUGGCGAGAAGAGUUUACGUAUAUGCUAGAGCAGCCACCAGAGGACGAAACGUUACGCUUGGAAGUCAUUAAUGCUCCGUCAGGGUUCUUUGAUCAUCGAGAGGAUUCUUGGGGAUACAUUGAUAUACACCUUUUGGAUGUUGUUAACGAAAGACGAAUCAUAAAUACAUACAAGCUUAAAUGGGGUGCUCAACUUGAUGUGGAGUUGCAAUGGCGAACCUAACCUCCACCUAGAUUGUAUACAGUUAAUGGUCACCAUGCCUUGAUAGAAAUUCAACGAUGUAAAAAUAAUAUAUUUUCUAAUUUGCACAUAUAAGGUUCUCGA